AUUUUAGUCAAUCAAUGCUACAUUGUACUGUUACUGUUAUGGCACGAGUUGAGUAGGCGAAUUAUGGUAAGAGAAUUCACUUCAAUAUAGCAUUUAUAAUCAAAUAGAUUGCUAAAAUUGGGGAAUGAAACUGGUAUCUAUCUUAGUUUUCAAAUGGAACAGUGAAAAGCCUAUACUACUUUCCUCCCACAUGGAUGUUUCUUUUGCAAAUUUUUUUAUGAGAAAUGCCGUUAAAGAGCAUAUCGUUUUUCAUUCGCGUCUUAUCUGUAGUAGAACUGGUAUCAAUAUGCGUCAAACAAUCCAAUUUGAGCAGAACCUAGGAAACUGCCAUAGUUAUGUUCACCCAUGUGGAUUAGCAUGUACUGUGUUAACUGAUGCUGAAUAUUCUCAAAGAGUUGUGUACUCUUUAAUUAACCAAGUUUUACGUUCUUUUCAUCAAAUACAUCACAAAGCUUUAGACGCUAUAACUGAAGAUACAGAAUUACCAUUUCCUGAAGGGGAAAAUUUUCUUCAGUCUUAUCAAAAUCCAACUGAAGCUGAUAAACUUUUAAAAGUACAAAAGGAUUUAGAUGAGGUACGUGGGGUUAUGUUAAAAAAUAUGGAUGAACUCUUACAGCGGGGAGAAAAGUUAGAUGAUCUUAUGAUGAAAACGUCGGAUUUAAGUAAAACCAGCUUACAAUUUUAUCGUUCCGCAAAAAAACAAAAUCAAUGUUGUCGACUCUAUUAAAUUUCGUGUCCCAAUAAAACUAUCAUUGGAAACUUUAAGAAAAAAUAACAACGUUAUUCUAGUUCCUCUCUUCCAAAACAACAGCAACAUUUUUUUUGUUGUUCUUUAUUUUUGUUACCAAGCCUUAUCACUAGUUUAUUCAGUUAAAAGUGUAUACAUCCCAAUAGCAAUAUAUUAUCUAAAUUUUAUGCGUAUUUUUUUUAGCGCUUUUUUUCGUAAAAAUAAAACGAAUGCAGUUUUAUUAAGAUUGUUUCGACAAUACAUAUACUUCAAUAACAAAGAAUAUUACUCAUUGUACAAAACAAUUUUUUCAUGAUUAUCUGUAAGUCAAAAGUAUAAAAGAACACACAAGAUAUGGUGAAAGAUAUGAUAGGUAAUAAAUAUAGAAAAAAAUGAUUAACUUUAUUAAAAUAUACGACUUCUGUGAAACGGCAUCCGAACAAAAAAGACUCUUUUAAAGAAAGUUUUUUUACGGGUCCCUUUCGACUGAUAAAGAACUUAUUGGUUUUGUUCUCCGGAACAAAUAAAACCAAAACAGGAAUAUAAAAAUCAAAGGCGU